AUGGCUACCGGAGUUAAAGCGAUAUCUUCGAGGAAGAUCGAACAAACAUCACAUGGACGAAUUGUCCACGAUAUGCAUGCCGAAGUACUAAGUUUGCGUAUUUUCAAUUUUUUUUUACUUAAGGAUGUUGAAGAAAUGACUAGAAUGAACGAAAGACAGGGAAGAUUGCUUGAAAUGACUGAUAAUGACCGAUAUAAAUUGAAAGACAAGACUAUGGAACUGGCCAUGUACGUGACGGACAUUCCAUGUGGUGAUGCAUCUAUAGAUAAUGUUCGAGAAGAAAUGGAUGAUGAUAAGAAGGAAAAUUGGAAGGAAAGCAGUUCGGAAAUAGAAGAUAAUUUAAGGGGCAGAGCUUUUUUCGGUGCCGUAGGUAAAGUCCGAACGAAACCAGGACGAAUAGACUCUCCUAUAUCAUAUUCAAAAUCCUGCUCGGACAAAUUGUGUAUGAAACAGUUUACGGGGAUCCUUAAUUCGACUACUUACGACCUUAUAGAGGAAGGAGAAGCCAGAAGGCAGAUGUAUUUAAAAUACCUAGUGCUUCCCGAAAAGAGGAUUAGGGUAAAAGGCAUAGAGAGAUGCUUCUACAAUAGAUUUCAAAGAAAAUUGGGUGAAUUUCAAGAGAUCAGAGACUGCCUCCAGCCAUUGAAGGUGAUCACAACUAAUUUAUCAUCUCAGAAAUUUCAUUUAUGUUUAGAUAAAGAAAAGAAGAGCUGUGAUCAAUCGAUUCUCUACUGUCCUCCAUUGAAAUAUGUUCAAGUGCUGAACAAGGGCAUUAGGAACGGAUGCUCGGCCAAAAAAAAGCCAAUAGACAAACAAUCCAGAACAGACGUGUCUCGUGAAGCACUCAUGGAUAGGCUUAAAUCCACCAAAGAAGUUAACAGCUCUACGUAUCUUCAGUUCAAAAUGAACAUAAGAAACCUAAGAGCAAUUCGCAUUAAGGUCAAACAAUUGUUAGGCAAUUGGACCAAGUCGUCUACCGAUAAUUUUCCUAUUUAA